AUUUUGACCAAUAAUCUGGAAGGGAAUUAUUUGAGAUGUGAAAGGAAAUUCAGAUCACCCGUGGGGAAAAUAGUACUGUUCUGCUACUGCGCCUGUUUUUCUAUUGAGAAGAAACACAUGACACCAGUACAGUUUUAAGAAACAGAUAGGUGCUAUUCUUGGGAGUCCUUUGCAAAGCCUUCUCCAUGGCAGUAUUUCCCUAGUACAUGCUGACUCCCAGUGUGAUGAGUGUGAACUGAAUGUUUCCAUCGAGUUGUUUGGAGGGAUGAGGUUUAACUUGCCCAGCUCUAUUUAUAGGUAAGCUAUGUAACAUCAUAUUAGAUAAGCCUCCUAGAUAACAGCCUUUUGCUCUAGAAACUAUGACUCUAACCUCUUUUUGUAUGUACCUAUACAUGUAGUACAUUCAAAUGAAAGAAUCUUCCUUCUGUAGAGUCGUCCCAAAAGCCUUCAUACAACACAGUAGCUGCCUGGAGCAAGCCAUGUAAAAAUAUUGGGUACAAGAGUGUGUUUGAACUCCUCCUCUUCUGGAGAAGUAUUGACAUUCCUCACAUUACUGCUGAAGAGAGGAAAGGAGACAGAAGGAAAAUAUACCUUCUGAAUUCUCCCUUUGCUCAUCCUAUUGGUAAAGGGUGUGGUAGAGGCCAAAAAAAUAAAUGGAUUCAAAAGGGAUGAAGGAAGUUAAUGGGGGAUCAGACUUUCUCAGGCUGCUAAACACAGUGAUCUAUGAGGUAGCCUUUAACUUUGGAAGUCUACAGGGCACUGCUUGCUAGUACCUGAGAGAACAUAUAGGUGAAGGCUUGCUUGGUGCUUUCUCUCUUCUUAUACUUUUCUCUAAGCAUCCAAUGAUGUCAAAAGUUUUGGUCUACUCAAUAACACCAUUUCUUCUAGAGUCAGUGUUCUCAGCUAUGAGAUAAUAUUCUUGUAAGAGCAUAAGGAAAAAAGAGGCUUCCAGCUUGGAGACAGUUAAACUUGGACAGGAAGCAACCACUUGUUUUCAUAAUAUGGUGGCUUCUGAGCCAUGUUUGGGAACAUAUGUUAGGUGUGUGGGAAACGUUAAGGCUAACUGGGGAGGUACAUGUAACGGUAAGCAGUGUAAGCCAUGGUGGUUCUUAAGUUUAAUGAACCACUGUCAUGGGAAGCUGUGACCCAGCCCUUCAUUUCAUUAUGACAGUAGUUGAGAAGAGGUAUUGAAUGAUUAUUACUUUCUGUAGGAGAUCUCACCUUUCGACAGGAAAGAAACAACACAAGGAAUUCAUUCCUCAUGUGAAUACACAACCUGAAUAGUCUCCUAACUUGGGCAAUUUAUCAGCUUCUGCUUUGUUUUUGUCUUGGUUUUACACUAAUGGCAUAGAUAUGCAGACCUGCUUCUAUCAAGUUCAGUGCAAGCAAAAUUCCCCCAUCUUUGAACCAAAAGUGCCAGAAUGGAUUAGCAACUGUUUUUCAAUCGAAUAUGCUAUUGUCUCUUCAAAAUCAUGAUGCUUCUGCAGGGACUAGCUUCAAGAAACAGUCUCAGGAUUAGGUUGUAAUCACCCAGCUCUUACACAAAAGAAAGUGUUGGACAGCUUAUUUUAAAUCCUUAGUCCUUUAUAAGAUAAUCAAGGGUCAGAGCAUUUCAGACAAACGCGUGAGAGAGAACUUGCCUUGCUCAUGGUAACAGACUUUAUAUUCCACUGUAGACCAGACCUUAGAUAAACAAGGGGUCUAAACAAAGGACACAACAGUGAUAGGCUUUGUGAAUAACUUCCACUACAUCACUGUGCCUGAGUUGACUAAAGAGUCACACCUUCAGCAUCUGUAACAGUGGUAGAUAAUCUUCAUGGCUCAACAGAAAUAAAAUCAUUGCUAUCUUAAAGUAAGCACAUAACUGCAAGACCCAAACAAUAUACAACUGGAUUUACUGAUCAGGUAGCUAAAAAUUACGAAAUGAGCUUGCAGACAUCUGCAUGAUUUGAGCAGUUGUACAGUCUUUCUGCAGAGUGGACAUGGGAUAUUCUUCCUGUGUUUGCAGACAUGAAUGGGACAGCCAUUGAAAAUUUUGUCUGUGUCAUUUUUAAUGUUUCCUUCAUGAACUGCACCUGGCAUGUGGGCAGGACUGCUUCAGGAGAUACCCAAUAUUUCCUGUACUGGAAGAAUUCAAAGAAAGAAAAUUUCACAGGAUGCCAGAAUUACAUCAAAGAUAAUCAUGGAAGGCAUACAGGAUGUAGAUUCCAAAAUGUAACAAUAGAAAAUAAGAGAGCUCAUUUCCUGGUAAACGGGUCUAAAAGUGGACAAAACAUUCAGACAUACGAGAAGAUGAUUUUUCUGUACGAAAUUGAAAAACUGACCCCUCCUUUAAAUGUCACUGUGAGCUGUACAGAAGUUUCUCAUAUUUGUGAAAUUCGGUGGCAACCACCUCACACAAGUCAUGUGAAAAGACAUGCUUGUUUCAAAUAUGAACUCGUCAUAGAAAACAAGGCUGAUCCUAACAAAAACAUCAAAACCACUUCUAAAAUGGAAAGAAAUGUCACAGGAAACUCCUAUAUAUUUGAGAGCUUCAGCGCAGAAAAAAGGUACAGCAUUAAAAUCAGAGCGACUGACAACAGCUGUUUAGUGAGCCCAAGCUGGGGGGAGUGGAGUACACCCGUAGAGUUUGGAAAAGGACAACUUACAUCUGCUUCAUCAUAUACCUUAUUCGUGAUACCAGUGCUGGUAGCAAGUCUCGUACUUUUUCUUUGCACAGUCAGAAUUUAUUUGAAAAUAACAUCUGCUAAAGUACCACAGCCAAGAAACCCAUUCCAUGGCCGCUCUUCAAUGGAUUUCCAGAUAGAAUAUAAGAAUAUAUUAAUAAAGGAUGAACCUGAAGACAUAAUAACAGUUAUUGAAGAAGUGGCCUAAUGGCAUGCAAGUAAAACAAGCAACUUGAUUUUUUUUUGAACAUGCAUAUCUUGUUGGCAGUAGUUUACAGGUUUUUCAUAUUUUCUCACUCUUGCAAGCAGAGAAAAUAGCAUCACCUGAAGAGACAUUUCCCCAAGAGCCUGUCUUUAAAGGACUUUUUGUAGUUAUUUGAAUUUUCCAUAAAUAAUUUGAGUUGGUUGGACUAUUUUUAUUUCUUCUUAUGAUGAAUAUUCUUGCGAUGUUUCAGCAAAAAAUAUUUCAGUAGUGAUUUUAAAGCCAUUACACUGCUUUUCAACACCAUGCAAAAGAAUAAAAUAAGAACGACCAAACUUAAAGGGUUUAUACAAGAUCUCCAGUGGUCCAACACCAUGGAAAAGGUACAGCUAUAUUGAGAUUGUAACCAGGAAUAAAAAUUUGUCAUCUGUAUGAAAACUCACUGAAAACUGACCAAGAUUAAGCCUCUUAAAAAUGGUCUUCUUCUUUCUCUUUCUUCUCAUGUCUCUUCAAGCUCCUGGUGAGGCCAUUCAACACUAAUUUUAUGGCCUCUAAAAAAUAACAGAAUAUGGUAACACCAUCAACAGCACCGGGUUUGCUUAGGAUUUUUUAUUUGUUAUUAUAUUUUGUAUUUUUGAAAGCCUCAGGGCAGGACUUGGCCUAAAUAUAAACAAACAAAUAAAUCCCCUGGGUAGGACAGUUCCUUUGUCUGUGGUAAUGUCACUGUUCUUGUGGGCUGUUUGGAUUGUUCUGCUGCAGUAUAUUCCAGUUUAAAAACAAAAAGUACCGAAACCCCAAAAUGUCAAAACCGAGACUUCCUCAUUGUGUUACAGAGGUGCCUAAACUGAGGGAGCACCAAAGAUCACGCUGCUCCUCUGCUGCCUGCUCUACAAGCUUAGGAGAUCUUCAGAUUGAUAGCAUGGGGCUUUGCCUGGAGUGCAUGAGUAGUCACACAGUUAAGGGUUCAACUGGAGAAAGAAAACCCAGCACCGGAGAGAUGUGUUUAUCCUUGUCUACCCAUUGCAAGAUGUGUAACUGGAAUGACUCCAAGGAUGGAAGUUGAUGGCGCUUCCCAGGACCAGAUUUAGGAACAACAAAAACACACAGUUGCUCAGGGCAGUCAGCAUCCCACUGCAUCAACACUGAACAGUGUGAUGAAAGGGUGUCUCAGAUACAGACACUGCCCACCAAUCCAGUCACAGCUGUCAAUAGGCACAGCCUUGUGGUCCAACUGCUUCUGCCAAGAAAUCUCCAGAGGAGUGUGGAGUUACACCUGCCUCACAGCAGCAGAUGCCCUUAAACACCAUCCCUAAAGUGGUGCAGGAUCAGCAAAUGCAGCUUUGAUGAAACUGAUCCUAGCCUUCCUCCUCGCCAGCCAAAUCUCUGGGCUGCAUGGCUCACCUCAACUCCCUCCCUUCUCCGCUCCAGCAGUGUGAGGUGCCAGAGGGUGAGCAGAGCUCCUGGUUUGGAUCUGUCUGCUGCAGGAGUGAGUGGGAGGUUGCCUAAUGCUCGAGGAAAUUACCUGUUGGAGCAGAGAGACCAAGGGAGUUGAAAGGCUGGGUGAGAAAGAAAAAGGCAGAUACACAGAAACUUUGUCUUCCUUAAUUUUCCAGAAACCCAUUUGAUUCUCUGUGACACUGAUUGUAUUACUUUUGGCACUCCCUACUCUCCCUUCUCCCUGAAAUGCCAUCUGUUACCACCUCAAAAUUGUGUGCUUUUCUUCUAAAGAUGACGACACAAUAAAGACUUUUUGGUUUUGUUUA